AUGACCAUUAUUUUGCAUGUCAAGGUGCUGUGCACUGCCCUCCCGACCACACCCAGUCUGUCAGUCUCCAAUGUUGACGGCACUGGCAAGGAUGCCGCCAACUCGCUCCACACUGACAACGGCCACAGCGAGGGCUACGCCCCCACACUGGACGAGACGGUGUCGACGAGCACGGCCGCCACUUCGACCUCCGGAUCCGACGGCACCGCGAACGGCGACGGCAGCAGCAACGGUAUAAACAGUGGUGGUUCCACAGUGAACAAUGCUGCCAGCAGAUUGGGAGAGGAACAGCACACGAGCAACACUGACUCGGCCAGCAGUGUCGACAAGAAGCCGCCAUUCUCCUACAAGGCACUCAUUGCUAUGGCCAUAGCACAGUCACCUCACAGGAAGGCGAAGCUGUCCGAGAUCUACGCCUACAUCACGAGCCGCUUCCCUUACUUCGAACACAGCAAGAAGGCGUGGCAGAACUCGAUCCGCCACAACCUGUCACUCCACAAGUGCUUCGUCAAAGUGCUGCAGAAGGGUAGAAAGGAGAAGGGCAACUACUGGGUGCUCGACCCGCAGUUUGAGGGCACGUUCAAGGACGCCAAAUACUGUCAGCGACAGUGCAACAGGCAGCCAUUUCACAGGGAUGUGGGGGCGGUGGCAAACUCCGCAGUGCCCGGUGACCUUGCUGCUGCCGACUUGCACUUUGCCACAGAUGAACACAGGUCAGUACCUCGUGAGGUCAUCGUGUCCUCAGCAACUUCAGCUGUCACCUCCCAUUAUUAUUAA